GGCUGGCCGCAUUUUGUAAACAAACCAAAGUUUUUUUUAUUGCUGAUAUCAUGGCCAGCGGUUCUCGUAUUACCAUUCUGCCGCAGUCGAAGGAGGCCCUGCUCAAAUCUUACAAUGUGCGUCUCAAGGAGGACGUCCGCAGCAUGCUGGAGAAUUUCGAGGAGACUCUUAAGCUGGCACGAAGAGACAGUCACAGUCAGAUUUCACGAACGACGCAAUCUGAGCAGGACGCUCUUGAAAUGCAGAUACGCGCCUCCAAUAUGGUGCGGGCAGGAGAAUCCCUGAUGAAGCUAGUCGCCGAUCUCAAGCAGUAUCUGAUUCUGAACGACUUCCACUCCGUGAACGAAGCCAUUACGAACAAUUCUCAACUGUUCCGAUCCACGCAGAUUGAGUGCGACAAAAAACUCAUGAAGCUAAGGGACGAAAUGGCAAUGGACCUGUACGACCUGGAAGAGGAGUACUAUACGAGCAUAUUCAAGUAGACGUCAUUGAAACCUUAGUGUACGAUUUUUUAAAAUAAAUAAAAUUGUAAAACUA